AUGGAAGGGGAAGACUUCAGCGUCGAGGUGGGCGUGCGCGUGCUCGUGCGCGGCAAGUACGCCGGGGUUAUCCGCUACGUGCCGGAGCGCCGCACUGCCCUAGUGGGUGUGGAGCUCACCCGUGCACGUGGAGACAACGACGGCUCCACAGAGGACGGCAAGCGCCUGUUCCAGUGCAAGCCACUGCACGGUCUCUUCGUUCGCGAAGAGCAACUCAGUACAUUUUCAGAGGAAGAUGGAGCGGCCUGCGUGUUGCAGAGCGUGUGGCGGAGGUACAGCGCGUCGCAAAAGUUCCGGCACCUCGUGUAUUCGCACGCGUGGAACCUGCUGGACAACACGCAGGAGCAACUUAACCUCAAGCGCUCGGAGCAGUUCAAAACUGCCGAGCACACUCUGGCGCAACUCACCAAGCAACAGUCUCUAACCCGCAGCGUAUCGGAAGUUGCCGUAUCCGAGAUCAAAAUCGACCCGGAGUACGCCGGUCCGCAUCUGGUGUGGCCGCUGGAACUCUCUAACGUGUUAGAGAUCCUCGACUCGUUCAAGACGACCCAAAUUCUGCACUACAAGUACGUGCUGGAAAUUCUCAAGGAAGGCGUUAAGUCCUUCGCCCCUUUGCCGACGUUGCAAGAGAUUACGCUCGUGGAAGGGGAGAAAAUCACAGUCGUGGGCGACUUGCACGGCCAGCUGCAGGACCUUUUCUCCAUAUUCUCUAUAAAUGGGCUCCCCACGCGCACCAACAAGUACCUUUUCAACGGCGACUUCGUGGACCGAGGCAUGUACGGCACCGAGGUGGUGAUGACCAUUUUGCUCUUCCGUCUGCUGUACCCGACCAGCGUCUUCCUGAACCGAGGCAACCACGAGUCCCGUAACCAAAACUCGUGGAUGGGCUUCGAGGACGAAGUGUGGGCAAAAUACUCCGGAGCGGACGAAGACGACUUGGAGCGCCCCGCGCGCGUGUUCGAGAGCUUCCAGACGCUAUUCGAGUCGCUCCCGCUCUGCGCCGUGUUGCAGCAGAAAAUCUUCGUGGUGCACGGCGGCCUUUUCUCUCGGGACAACGUCACGCUGGCCCAUUUGCGGGGAAUUUCACGAAAGCGCGAGCCCCCGCUGCACCAGGUGAACUUUGAGGACAAAAUCUUCGAGGAUAUGCUCUGGAGCGACCCGCGGCCGAUCCAGACGCGUCAACCGUCCGAGCGCGGCGCCGGCGUGGAGUUUGGCGUGAACGUGACCAACAACUUCUGCCUCGUGAACAAGAUCGCGCUGAUCAUCCGCUCGCACGAGUGCGUCAUUGAAGGCUUCGAGAUCCUGCACGGCGGCCGGCUGAUCACGCUCUUCUCGGCGUCGAGGUACUGCGGCACGCAGAUGAACAAGGGCGCGUUCCUGACGCUGGGGCCGGACCUGCAGCCCGAGAUCCAGCAGUUCUACGCGCACUCGAUCAACGAGAGCACGUUCAAGGCGCCCGAGCAGGCGCAGAUGCAGGGCGUGCUGGAGGAGGACACGCUGCGCAUGAUCGCGGAGCGGAUCUGCGACCACAAGGCGUCGCUCUACUGGUACUUCACGCAGCACGACGAGGAGCACAACGGUACGGUGCCGCGCUUGAUCUGGGCGGAGGCACUGCGCUCCGUGCUGCAGUUGGAUCUGCCCUUCCUGACGUACCAGCCCAAGCUCGCGGACCUGGUGGAUGAGACGUCGGGACGCAUCAACUACUCGCAGUUCCUGGCGCGCUACCGGAUCGAGAACGACACGAUGGACAACAGCGGGUGGCAGGAGAGCAUCAUCGCGCUCAUCUGCAAGAAGCUGUACCGCGCCAUGGGGGCCGGCGACAUGCAGCAGGCUUUCAAGGUGUUCGACGCCGACUCGAACGGCUUCAUCGAGUACGAGGAGUUCCUCAGCGCACUCAAGCGCAUGGACACGGGGCUCUCGGACCAGCAGGUGUUCGCGCUCAUGCGCACGGCCGACACCAACGACGACGGACGCAUCGACUUCAACGAGUUCGCACAGCGCUUCGAGGUGAUCUUCACGAACCAGGGCAAGAGCGGAGCAGACUCGACCCAGAACUUGUCCGGCAUGGCAGCUGUGGAGCCGCCUCCGACGCCCAUGGCGCUGGAUUCGGAGGCGUCGACUGAAGGCGAGAAGCCUGAAGCGACUGAGCCCAUCUUCGCGCGUCGCGUGUCCUCCGGAGACGAGCAGUCGACGUUCACACCGCAGCCCGCCACCAACCUCGACGUGGAGACCAUGCAGGCGCUGCUGCAGAUCGGCAAGGCGCUGUUCGCUCGCCGGGGCUCGCUGCAGUAUCACUUCUACCACUUCGACAAGAACCAGGACGGCGUGCUGUCGCGCAGCGAGUUCGAGCACGCCAUCGAGCAGUUGGGCUUCAGCUUUGACGCUGAUCUGAUGGACAGCGUCAUGGCGGCCGUGGACAGCGACGGCGGCCACUCGAUCGACUACAAGGAGUUCGUGACGGCCUUCAGCGUGCAGGACCUCAAGGAGCAGGCGGCGCUCGAGUCGGGCGACCUCACGUGGCAGAACUCGGUGCUGCAGCAGGUCUCGAACGUCUUCUACCAGCACCGCAUCCACAUCCGCAACGCCUUCCGCAUGUUCGACGCCACCAACAGCGGCGUCAUCAGCCGCGACAACUUCCGCACGGGCAUCAAGACGUUCAACGUGGUGCUCAACUCGCCGCUCUCGGACGACCAGAUCGAGGAGCUGUUGUCCUAUCUCGACAGCAACAAGGACGGCGUCAUCAGCUACAAGGAGUUCUUCGACGGCUUCCGCGUGGUUGACGUGCGUGUCGAGGACGACAAGUCCCCAGAGAGCAGCAAGUCUUCGCACGAGGAGACGAGUGAUGAGCCCUAG